AUGUCUGAUUUUACCCGAUUCGAGAUGCAAGACAAAUAUCCCAACGCCGACGAUCAACCUCGUUCAUUCAGUUGUUCAUUCAGUUGGGAUGCAUUUUACAACGAUCAACCAAGGCAGUAUGGAACCUCCAAAACAUCUAGAAGUAUGUUGGUCAUCGACGAUACCAGGCAAAACUCCCCGAUACAGGUGGCCCGCUCUCUGUCGGUUUUAGGACUCUCUCAAGCGGAGGAAGAAAGUAUCGCUUCCAAGUUGUGGUCGCUAUCGAGAGGGGAGAUUCCUGCUCCAGAUGCCGGGUGGUGGAAUAGGGCUACCAAUGCCAUUAUUGGCCGAGGCACUAGCCGACACUUUCACAAUCCUGCCAAGUUGUUCAAAUCUAUCAUCCCUCGUCAUCAGACAUGUAAAUCGGAUACGAGAAGUAGAAGCAAGACAGAGGAGCCUCAGAUGAAAAGAGGGGCGGAUGUCAGGGAUCGCUCCACUGUUUCGAGAUUCGUGGGCAGCUAUACUGAAAGGAUGUGA